GUCCAACUGUGCUUGUAACACUCUGAUUAAUGGUUCUGUUUGGAUUGGUUUAUUUACAAAUACUGCCAAUGUAUGGUUUCGUUUGACAAUAAGACUAUAAUAUUUAUGAUAUAUAUUAAUUAUGUAUAAACGCACGAAAAAAUUGUGAUAUUUAGCUUUGAUAACUCUUAUAUUAAAUUUCUAAGGAUUAAUACAUCUUUGUAUUGAAAUCAACAAUGUCUGAGAAAAGUAUAAUUGAAUGGACGCAAAAAGAUGUGACAAGAUGGCUUAGCGAAACUGGACAUGAAAAAUUUAUCGGUUCAUUUCUUGAUCAGGAAAUUGAUGGAAAGGUGCUCUUAACUUUAAAAGAAGAUGAUUUAAAGUUAAUAUCCAGAAACUUACAGACAAUUGGUGAUAUGAAAAGAUUAUAUAUUAAUAUAAAACAAUUACAAAGGGAUAAUAUGGCAGUAUUAUUUGAAUUAGGAUAUAUUGAUAUAUUUCCUCCAUCAAAUUUUUAUAGUCACCAUAAACAUGAAAUGCCUAGUAGUGGUACAAACAAUGAAGGUUCUAUUGAACAUGAAUUUUAUUCAGCAUCUGUAUCAGAAGAUGGUCAUGCAUCACAUUUGCCACCUGAAAUUUGGAAAGCUUUCAUUAGUUUGGCAUAUUUAUUUAUUGUUACAUGGAUUACUGCCUUUGUGAUGGUCAUUGUUCAUGAUAGAGUGCCUGAUAUGAAAAAAUAUCCUCCGUUACCUGAUAUAUUUUUAGAUAAUGUUCCACAUAUUCCUUGGGCAUUUGAUAUGUGUGAAGUUACUGGAACUAUACUUUUUGCAAUAUGGCUCAUUGUACUAAUUUUUCACAAAUAUAGAUUUAUUUUAUUACGAAGAUUUUUUGCUUUAUCUGGUACAGUCUUCCUGUUAAGAUGCGUUACAAUGCUUAUUACUUCCUUGUCAGUACCAGGCGCACAUUUGCAAUGUCAACCACGGAAGGUUCCCGAAGAUUGGACAAAUUCUGCAUACGUAGAGUUAUACAAUAAGAUUGCUAUGGCUUAUGUCAUAUGGCGUGGUGCUGGUAUGUCGAUUCAAGGUGUUAGGACCUGUGGUGAUUAUAUGUUUAGUGGACAUACUGUCGCCUUAACUAUGUUAAAUUUUUUCAUUACAGAAUCAGCACACGAACAUUAUUCCAUCGAUGUUUUUGUAGCUUUCUAUAUCACAUCACGAUUGUUUCUUUAUUAUCAUACUCUAGCAAAUAAUCAAGCAUUGAUGCAACGUGAUUCAAAUAGAACUAGAAUUUGGUUUCCAUUAUUUAGUUUUUUUGAAUCUUCUGUCGAUGGUAUCGUUCCAAAUGAGUAUGAAUCUCCGUCUCUAAUCAUUUGUAAUCUAGCAUGUACAGGAAAAGAUAUAUGGCAUUUGGUUCGAUCCUCAAUUUGCUUCCGUAAAUCAUGGCGCAAUUUAAACGGCAGAGUAAAGAAUAGCACAAAAAAGGAGCACUAA